CCAUUUGACUGACUAAUAUUUGCCUUUGACUAUUAAAGCCACCACAAUUGACGCUGUAACUAUUCAUGAAUCCUCAGAUUCUGUCACUGCAACUGUGUAAGCAAUUUUUUUUCUGUUCUCCCAGGUUUCAUCUUGAAAGGCAUUUGAAGGAAAUGAAUGUUGAUUAAGAAAUCAUGGCGAAAGGUGAGAAAGCACGGGAAGAGGCAUUUAAGGCAAUCAGCGCAAUAGGCCAGGGAUUUGACAUCACUCAGGAUUUGCGUCUCGCUUACUGCAAAGGAGGAGAUUCGAACUCACGCCGACUUAUUCAGUUGGACCAUGAACACAGACAGGAUUUUGUUUUACCGGGAGGCCUUGUAAUAUCAAAUGUUUCAAAGUCCAUCAGAUGUGAUAAAGGCGAAAGAAUGCGCUACAGUUCCGACGUCCUGUCAUUCCAGCAGAUGAGUGAGCAUUUUAAUCAGGAGCUUAAGAUACCUGGAAAAAUUCCGUCCGGUUUCUUUAAUGCUGCCUAUGAUUUCACAUCCUCGUGGCAGAAAGAUGCAUCCAGUACAAAGGCUUUGGCGUUUGAUGCUUGGGUUAUUAACCUUUUCAAUGUUGAGUUCACGAAAUCUCAGCCAGUUUUGCUUGAUGAAGUGAAACAAGCAGUCCCGUCUUCUUGGGCGCCAACUGCGUUGGCCAGCUUUAUUGAGCAAUAUGGCACCCAUAUUAUAGUAGGUGUGGAGAUGGGGGGAAAGGAUGCCAUUUAUUUGAAACAGCACCAUGAUUCUAGUGUUCAACCGACUGAGAUUCAAUCUCUAUUAAAACAGAUAGCAGAUGAGAGAUUCUCAGAUACAGAUGAUCGGAGCACUUCAAGUUAUGAAAAAGCACCUCAACAGAACAAGGAUAUCACUAAAAUCUUCAAGAGAAGAGGCGGUUUGGAUACUGUUCAAACACAUAAUGAGUGGCUUAAAACUGUACCUUCUGCUCCUGAUGUGAUAUCUAUGUCUUUUGUUCCAAUAACAUCCCUCUUAAGUGGAGUACGAGGGAGUGGGUUUUUGAGCCAUGCAGUGAAUCUGUACCUACGAUAUAAGCCACCGAUUGAAGAACUGAAUCAAUUUUUGGAGUUCCAAUUGCCUAGACAAUGGGCUCCUGUCUUCAGCGAACUUCCUCUUGGUCCACAAUACAAAGAACGUGGAAGCCCGACACUGCAGUUUAGAUUAUUUGGUCCCAAGCUAUAUGUCAAUACGAUUCCAGUUGACGUAGGGAAGAAACCAGUGACUGGAGUUCGCUUGUAUCUGGAGGGAAAGAAAUGCAAUCGGCUGGCAAUACAUCUGCAGCAUUUGACCGCCUUACCGAAUGCUUUACAGUUGGAUGAUGAUCAUCACAGUGAUGUGGAUGAAAUGAGGGGAGAUCCCAAAUACUACGAAUCGGUACAGUGCAAAAGUUUCUCUAAUAUAUGUACUGCCCCUGUGGAGUGCAAUGAAACACUAAUUGGUGAUCCAGCAUCAAUUGUGACUGCAGCACAACUUGAAGUGAUGAAACAUGGAAUGAAAAAAGUUUUGUUUUUGAAGCUUCGAUUUUCAAGAGUAAUAGGAGCCACUAUUCGUAGAUCUGAAUGGGAUCACUCCCCAAGCACACCCCUAAAAUCUGGCCUUAUCUCUACAUUGAUGACCACACAUUUCACGUCAACACAGCUGGCACCAAAACCUUCACCCGUACUCAUUAAUUCAGCAGUAUUUCCUGAUGGACCACCUGUUCCUGUUCGAUUUCUCAAAUUACUUAAAUUUGUUGAUACAACAGAGAUGACUAAGGGUCCACAAGACAAGCCAGGCUAUUGGGUGGUAACUGGAGCAAAAUUAUGUGUGGAGAGACGUAAAAUAUCAUUGCGGGUAAAGUAUUCACUUAUAACUAUAUCCACCAUACUUUAAAGCUGGGAGAUGGGACAGUGGCUGAGGAAGUGGCUGCAAAUUAUCCCAUCACAAUAUGAUUUAUUCAAAUUUAAAGAUAGGUAUACGGAUUCAUAGCCAGGAAGGUUUAUUAUUUCCAGAUGUUAAUAUUCACGAGGCGUGCUUACAACAGGUUUCAUAAAAUUCAUGUAACACCAAUUCAGGUAACUUAAAGGCUGAAGAAUGUUUUUUUACAUUUGUAUGUAUCAUGCCGUUUUUCGGCUAUAUUCGUGAUCCAUUCCUUAUCAUAAUUGGAUAUUUAAACUUUUCAAGGUUAGAUAACCAAAGGAUCUUCAUAAGAACAUAUCCGACAUUAUAAAAUUAAACUACAUCAUCAGAAAUAAUAAAAUUAAAGAAAAUUAAUGGAAAGAAGCUUGUUAAACACACAUGGCAUGGGAUGAUUUUUUUCUUAAAAUUAAGGCAGU